CCCGUGGUGGCCCUCGGUCCCUCUGGGUCCCUGCCUGGUGGCCCUGGGGCCCCUGGCGGUGAUUCUCAGUCUCCUCAUGGUGGCCCCAGCACCCUUCAUCACAGCGUGGUGGGGACCAGAGGCUGGGACUGGCACCGUGGUCCUGGAUCAUGGUCUGCUGUGUGACCAGCCUGUGCACCACGGAGCUGCCGGGCUGAGCAGGCAAGCUGGAAGGCUCUGAUACAUGUAUUGAUUUUUCUGGUGGUGCUUUAUGGUCUUCAUGCUUCUGGGCAUGUUUACUGGUGAGGGUACCAGCCCUCGUGCAAGGCUGGGAGAGCCGUGGUGUGUGCCCUAGACUGGGUGGUGCGUUAAGGCAGCCUUUGAGAACUGAAAUGGAGGGUGUUUAGCUCGGGUCCUGGUCUCUGCUUCGCACUGGCUGAUCAGCUGGUGUGUGUAGGGUUGUGCUGCCACUGUUGCCAAGAGGAUAUGACCGCGGGGGGUGAGACUAUGAGCCCAAGUUGCUGUGCUUGUCAAAUCUCGCUUGUGAGGUCUUUGCGCUCAGUACUUACUGUAUCGACACACACGCUACCUGCAUGCUCUUUCUCUGAGUCACUGAAAGGUGAUAUUUGAGCUAAAGCCGGCAUUUUUUUGUGUUAUUCAAUAGGAGAUGCUUUGCCUGGCUUCGUCUUUUGUAAGUUUGAAUCCAUCUUUGUGGCUUUUUCACACAGAAGAUGUUUUCCUUAUCCUAGUAACUUUCCCAUUAGCAGUGAGGAAAAAAAACCUCCUAAGUAGCUCAAACGUCCUAAAGACCUCCCUGCUAGCCUAGUGGUCCUUGCAGGAGAGAAUGUUUUUCUUCUUUGUUUUAUCCAGCAAUGAACAGUGUUGGCAGAGCUCUCUGUGUGUGUACUUCUUUCAGGGCUGUGCUGGGUGAGCAGGUGUCUUAGUUUUUAUGGGCCUGUGCAAAUCAACCAAAGAAAGACUGUGUACAUGGACAGGCCACAUAUCAAUAUAUUUUCUGUCCAUGUCUUCAUGAAAUUUGUAAGUUUUUCAGGUUUGUGCUCUUUCUUUGCAUAAAGGAAAUGUAAUUUUAAAAAAAAAAUACACAAAGCAAAUGCAGUUCCUGGAGGCUGAAGUCCUCUGUUUACCAGUACCUUCAAGGUGCACAGCAGUAUAGCAGGCAGCCACUGCUUCUUUGUGUUCGCCUCCAUGUUCCUGUCAAUGCUUGUGACUUCCUGGACUUUACCUAGGCCGCCUCAGAGAUCCCAUCACUCUGUGCUACAGAACGUUCUUUGUGGCUGCUAACAGAGGCUGAGGAUUGGUAUACUUCGGUUCUAAGCUGAGAUCAUGUCACCUUCCUUCUUUAUGCCUCAUUUUAACUGUAACAUUGUAGUGACCUUAAUUCAUAGAUGUAAUUCUUCCUAGAAAAAUAAGUGCGUCCAGUGCCCAGUGGGCAUGAUUCCUCGAUCUCUCACGCUCACAAAUUGCCGCUGCUUUAAGGGUUUUACUACUUUUGCUUAGAUUGUAUUUCUUCCAAUUUUGCUUUUUCAUAUGGAAACCCCAAAAUGACAAACCUGCCAAGUGGCGUGCACAAUUACCAAGUGUUUGUGGGAGAGUGUUCUCUGCAGGAAAUGACAGCUUGGUAAGUCUCAAAGCAGACCCGCUUCCGAUGCGUGCCAAUGACAAGUAUGUUGGUGAGUGUUAUGGGAUGGCAGUUGGUCACUCUCCAGACACUUGUGGGUACAGAGUGUUUUGGCCAUGGCUGUAACUUGAGGGAACUUGGAAUGCUGUACUGCAUAAUGGACUAAGAGUCUCUGCAAGAGCUUUCUUUGCCUCGUCAUUUGCCUCCUGUGAAUUUGGGGACUGCUUGGCUAGCUGUAAUGUGUGGCUUUUUUCAGACUUGGGCUGCUCAAGGCUUUGUUCAGAACUGAUCUCUGGGUUGUGCCCACUGUGAUGCACAGAUGUAACACUGUGAAUGGACAGUGUAGCACUGAGGCUGUCAUCAGAGACUUUCGUCAUAAAGAAAUGUGUUUGCCAAUCGAUAUAUCUCUAGUUUCCAUCCUUUGCUCACUUCCAACUUAACCAUUUACUUUAAAAAGUUCUCAAUCUUAUUUAGUAUUAGUUUCUUCCCAUUUUCCAGAAUCAGGAGAAACCACUGAUCACCACUUGAACCCCUGGCUUUUGACACUUUUCUCUGCCCCUAUGUUAAGUAGUGUGGGAAAACUGAAACGCCCAUCAGUUUUACUGACAGUGUUCUUCCUUGUAGUGAAAAUUGAAGAGCAGUUUUAGCAAAUGCUCCCUUGGAUCCCAGUUAUGCACUGACAUUUCUGUCUGUUCGGACAAGUUAGCAUAACUUGGGAUGUGUUAAGAGCUGACUGUUGGCUCCAUCUCAGAAGGAAACUAGUCUGUCUUCUUUUGGAGGAGGGUUCUGGAAAUUGAAGGGGUUCUUCCCCUAGAAGGUGGAGCAAUAUUUUUCUUACUAUAAAAAUAAACAACUUCUGUUUCCAGGUUCUUACAUGGUCAUCUUCACUGUACUGUGAAUGCCUUCCAGAAUGCAGCGAGCCACACAUUAGCACUGUCCUGCCAGCAUCUCUUUUCCCGUAUAGGUGAGGAGAAAUCGGAGGGGUUUGUUAGAAUAUACUUUUGUGUAUCUGCAUUAGUGAAGGCAAAACCAAGAUAUGGCCUUGGAUAAGAACGUGGUUCCAAAAUUCUAAGUCCAUUCUCCUGCAGAGUGAGUUGCAUGAUAUACGGAUAGAAUGGGAGGCAGCAACAUUAUGUUCCGCAACAGCCCUGCAGCCCCUGCCUUAAGGCUUUCAGCAGCUUAGGCGUCCUGGGGUAAAACUCAUGACAACUUCCAAGUGACUCCCCUUAAUUAUGGGAAUGUGUUUUCCUCGAUGCUUCAGUUAUUUCUGGGUCUGUAGUGCUGCAUACUUUUUAUAACAUGUUAGAAAUGGGCUUGUGUUAGGGAGUAUCAAUCCCUUACUGCUUUACUUCUGCUGGUUAGCAGAAUUCUGAUACUAAACAAUAAAGGGGGAAACUAAUCUGAAAUUCUGACAGCAGAGAUGUCUUGUACCACUAAAUGCCUGCGAAAGGAAAGCUGCUUGUACUGUGUUUUGAUUAGCAUUGUAUGACCAUAAUUUUGCAUUGCUUCUGAGUGCAAAUAUGUGGAUGUAUUGAUAAAAGAGGGACUCUCUGCCCCCACAGCACUAAGCACUGUGUACAGUUCUCUUAACACUGCAUAGGCAGCCUGGAGCUACAGCUCCGAGUCUUCACGGGGUGUUCAGACUCAAAUUGUCUUCAUUCUGAUCUCCUUCUUUAAAGGAUGAUGCAGAAUAGCUUGGGAUCCUAGCAUCAUGUACAUUAUGUGAAGUUACUUGAAAUAUUUUCUUCCUUCCAAGCAGUCUUAGCACACAAGUAAACUGCGAGCCAAAUAACAACCAAGUAGCGGAGUGCAGCAGAAGUACGAGGGAAGCAGGAGGUAAUAGCCUCUAUCAUAUUAGUGUUGUCCCCGUGGUUUGUGUUUUAGUCAACAGUAUAAAGAGAGUAUGGGCAUGGCUGAUUAUUGAAUAUUAACUGUGGGGACAAGAGCUUCUUUACCAGCACCAGGCUGAUCUGUGAAGAACAGGUGUCUACAACUUCAACCUGACACAGCCUAAUACAUUACCAGGAGGUGUGGUGCCCUUGUAGUCUCCUGUCAGUAGAUGUCUGUAACUUUGUAUCCUCUUUCUUCUGAUGUGCAUGGUCUACAUCUCAGUUUGCUUGUUGGAAUGGUAUGAACUUGUCUGGUCAGUUUAGACCCUUGGUGACAUCUGUGUGCUUCAUCUGUUGUACCAAAUAGCUUAGUCUUGUUUUAGGAAUGUUUUGUGUAGACCAAGUUAAGGACUCAUUUUACUUUCUAAAUGCCAUGCAUUGCCUGACAUACAGCAGGUCAGAUGAGGUAAUUUGCUGUUCCUUUCUGACUCUGGAUGCUAUAAAGUUUGUUCAGUGUGUCAACAGACUUGAAAGGCCUCUUCCCUCAAAUUACUUUUGAGUAUCACCAUUGCCUCCUGUGUUUCUCUUCUCUGCUGUGAAGUGUAUCUCUCUGCAUCAUGGAAAUGGCUCAGUCUUAGCAGACACAUUUCUUCCCUUCUGCUACUGUGUCAUGGAAUGCCUCUGCAGAAAUACCCUUGACUGCUCUUACUUUUUCUACUUCUUUAUUACCUCCUUUUUCCCCGGCUGUGGCAGAUUCUAAGCCAAGUGAUCAUGCUUUGAUCAUGCUUUCUGUUCGCAGAGUAUCUGCUCAAUCUGUAAUGAACUAUAGACUCCUUGGCAAGAAAAGUCGUGGGCUUUCAUCUGAAUCAUGCUUGCACUGAUACUGACUACUUUUUCAAAAGUAAUGGGGAAAAAAGGUUGGGUUUGCAGCAUGGAAACAUCCUUCUGUUGAGGUCCAUUCAUGCUGACAGGCUUGCAGUUAUGUGCAGGGUUUGAUUAGUGAGUCCACCUGCUAGCCCAUUGUUCAUGAAUCAUUAGAUGCUGUGCCAGCAGCUUCAUGACGGAUGCAUUGAACCACAAAGCUGAUGCUUUGUGAAAUAGAAUCUCAGUUUUAUACCUAUAGAAGUGCAAAUUUGGUGGAUUCCCAGAAUUUAUUAUUCCCGAAGAUUGACUGUUGAGAGGGCAGCGUUCCUUCAAAAAAAUAGUAAAUCCGAAGUGAUGCAUCGUAGAGGUGAUAAAAUAGUCAGGGGACAAAGUCAAGAUUGUGUAAGUACCAUUACUGUAUCUACUAUCAUUUUACUUUCAAGUGUUUAAGCUAAACCUAUAUUUUACCUUUAACUCUGAACUUAUGGCCUAUAAAUUGUCAUGCUUUUUAGGAACCUUGACCAUAAGCUUGAAGGAUGGAUCAGGAACUGAAGAGUUAGGAAAGAUUUCUGUUUGGUUUGGUUUUAAAGUGGAGUGAUGAGGUGAGGACUCCAUGUAAACUGCAGCAUGUCAAACACAUCCAGCCCAGGGGAGAUCCCUCCCUGGGCUGUGUCUUGUAGUAAAGCUUGGAGUUACUGCAUGGAGAGGAGAGUUUAGUUGUCUUGCACAAAUGACACAUGUAAUUUCUGCUGUAUCUAAUUUCAGCUUGCUCAUUUUACAGUGCAGUUUAACUGUCCUCCUGAUCCGUAAUGAACUUCAUCUCUUUUACUUGCCCUCUGUCAGAGAAAGAUAAACCCUAUGUAGAUAUCCAGGGACUGACAGCCUCCACCAUGGAAAUCCUGCUAGACUUUGUAUAUACAGAAACUGUUCACGUGACAGUAGAAAAUGUCCAAGAAUUGCUCCCAGCGGCAUGUCUGCUUCAGCUGAAAGGUGUGAAACAAGCUUGCUGUGAGUUUCUAGAAAGCCAGCUGGAUCCAUCAAAUUGUUUGGGCAUUCGGGAUUUUGCUGAGACACACAAUUGUGUUGAUCUAAUGCAAGCUGCAGAGGUCUUCAGCCAGAAACAUUUUCCAGAGGUGGUUCAGCAUGAAGAGUUUAUCCUCUUAAAUCAAGAAGAGGUUGAAAAGCUCAUCAAGUGUGAUGAAAUUCAGGUGGACUCUGAAGAGCCAGUUUUUGAGGCAGUUAUAAACUGGGUGAAGCACUCAAAGAAAGAACGGGAAGCAUCGCUGCCAGAGCUGCUGCAGUAUGUGCGCAUGCCGCUUCUCACCCCCCGCUACAUCACAGAUGUCAUCGACACUGAGCCUUUUAUACGAUGCAGUCUGCAGUGCAGAGACCUCGUAGAUGAAGCUAAGAAAUUUCAUCUUCGGCCUGAGCUCCGGAGUCAGAUGCAAGGACCCAGGACUAGAGCACGUCUAGGAGCUAACGAAGUGCUGCUUGUGAUCGGCGGCUUUGGCAGCCAGCAGUCACCUAUUGAUGUUGUGGAGAAAUAUGACCCGAAGACUCAGGAGUGGAGUUUCUUGCCAAGCAUCACCCGUAAGAGGCGCUACGUUGCUACGGUGUCCCUGCACGAUCGGAUCUAUGUGAUUGGGGGGUACGACGGCCGCUCUCGUCUCAGCUCGGUGGAGUGCUUGGAUUAUACAUCAGAUGAGGAUGGCAUCUGGUACUCUGUGGCUCCGAUGAAUGUACGGCGAGGCCUGGCAGGAGCCACAACCCUUGGAGACAUGAUCUAUGUUUCUGGUGGGUUUGAUGGAAGCAGACGUCACACCAGUAUGGAGCGAUAUGACCCAAACAUCGAUCAGUGGAGUAUGCUGGGAGAUAUGCAGACAGCGCGGGAAGGAGCAGGACUUGUUGUAGCUAACGGAGUUAUCUACUGCCUCGGUGGCUAUGAUGGGCUGAACAUACUAAAUUCUGUAGAGAGGUACGAUCCCCACACUGGACACUGGACAAAUGUCACCCCAAUGGCCACUAAGCGCUCAGCUGUGCUGCCUUCUCUCUCUCCAGGGGCUGGAGUGGCUCUGCUGAAUGACCAUAUUUAUGUAGUUGGCGGGUUUGAUGGGACGGCACAUCUCUCCUCCGUGGAAGCCUAUAAUAUUCGCACUGAUUCUUGGACAACUGUGACAAGCAUGACAACCCCCCGCUGCUACGUGGGGGCCACCGUGCUGCGGGGAAGGCUGUACGCAAUCGCUGGAUACGAUGGCAACUCGCUGCUGAGCAGCAUUGAGUGCUAUGAUCCCAUCAUUGACAACUGGGAAGUGGUAACCUCCCUGGGGAUGCAGCGCUGUGACGCUGGAGUCUGCGUCCUUCGGGAGAAGUGAUCUGGAGGGAACUUACAAGGAAGAACAUCCUAAAAAGUCUCGGCUGGAGGAAGAGUCCCAAGUGGUUUGCAGUGACUGUUCUUGAGAGUUGCGGAUGCUGUGGAAAUAGGCACCAGAACAGCAGCUUUCUGUGCUGCUUUUGACUAGAGCAUGUGCAUAAACGUGUUAUCUCGGCAGUCAUUUGAAAUCAGGGGCUCUGAAGAUGGAGGAAGUGGUGAAGUAGGUCAGGGGAAGCUGCGUUCUCUGCUGUUCCUGUGGCUAAGUCUAUCGGCAGAGCAGAGAUGCCCCCAGCCUUGGUGUCAGCCAGCCUGGUGAACGCUUCCGAAGACAUGUACAUACAACUGGAUGGUCUCUUCAGCCACUGCAGGACCACACAGGUCCUCUGGUUGCUCUCGGCCGCGUGGAUGUGUGAAGGUGAAUCCAGCUGCUCUUAUGUUCCAGCUUCAAAUCAUCUUGUACAUACUGAAUGUUUAAACAUGCUCCUCAAGCACCCAGCAGUGCAGAGCCAAACUGGGUGAGCAUGUGUACGGGGGUCCUGCGCUGCAGCUGCAGGUUCCUCACGGGUCUGCACGCAAAAGAAGUUGCAGGUGAAAGCUGUCAACUACUGAGCCCCAAAAGCCUGAGGCUGCGGGGGGUAGAGGGCAGGGGGAAAAGCUCAUCGCCUGGUGUGGAAGCAGGUCUGCAGCGUUUGUGCUCUGAUAAGGGGCUCAGCAAGGUUUAUCACAUCAUAUUUCCCUCAAAAAAAAAAAAAAGCUUGACAGACCCAGCUGCAAAGUGCUGCAUUGUCUGGCAGCAGGAGCCUUGCGAUAUUGCGGCAGUGCCUUUGCUCCCACCCCUGUGGGGAGGUCACCAUGCAGGGGCUGAGGCCCUGGGAGCAGGGGCACAAUUGCUACUGUCACAUAGAUCUUGCUGGUGAGCGACUGGGCUUCGUCCCUGGACACACCUCUGUCCAGCACGCCCACGUCAGCCUUUCAGUCAAGUUCAUUGUGUUGAUUUUCCUUUUAUCUAGGAUUUGUCUGCUUCCAGGGCUGUUUUGGAGUGACAACCGGGAUUCUGUUCUGCCCUUUGUUCUCAGCUGUUUUUCCCCUGCCUUGUAAUUCCACAUCCUCUGACACUAGCUAUCCUUCACCUGCCCCACGAGCCCCAAGUGAGAGCUUCAUCACUGGCUCACUGGAGCGCUCUCUCCUCAGCAUGUCUUCUGCCUCGCUGCGUGUCUGGGAGCGCGGGCUCUCCAGCAGCGUCAGCUUGGCCCCCGCAGUGCCUGGGCUCUGUGUAGUGCUGCUCGUUGAGCUUCCUGCUGACUCCUUGCUUGGGGGACAGGGUGGGAUCAGGGACGUGCUAGCAUGACUUAAUUAUGCACUUUUGGCCAAUGCUCUGACCUUCUGCGUUUGUUUCUAUCACACAAGUGUUCUGUGGUUUUGUUUCCUAUGUUUAUUUUUUAAUGAAAAUGUAAAGAAUAAAGUAUUUCCUGAGCCAGUGGGA